ACUAAAGGUUAAAUAAAAUAACAGUAAACUUGAGAUCUAACUGAAUGUUUUUUUUAAAUCCUCAAUAGUGGGAGAGACUCUGACUCUGAUGACCUCUGGGUGCCACUCCAAAGAGACCACAGUCCUCCAUCCCCUACUCGUUCAAACGUAGGAACUGGUUCCUCCAGUAUGACCCCUGCUGUCUCUGGCUCCACACCCACCCCGGCCCGGCCAUCUAGAGGUGUGAAGAAGUCAGCCCAGAAGCGGAGGAGGGCCAGUGAACCAGCGACAACAACCACUGAGGCAGAGGACCGUUGGCACACUGUGCUAGAAGGUGAACCAGCAGCAACUACCACCGAGGCAGAGGACCGUUGGCACACUGUGCUAGAAGGUGAACCAGCGACAACUACCACCGAGGCAGAGGACCGUUGGCACACUGUGCUAGAAGGUGAACCAGCAGCAACUACCACCGAGGCAGAGGACCGUUGGCACACUGUGCUAGAAGGUGAACCAGCAGCAACUACCACCGAGGCAGAGGACCGUUGGCACACUGUGCUAGAAGGUGAACCAGCAACAACUACCACCGAGGCAGAGGACCGUUGGCACACUGUGCUAGAAGGUGAACCAGCGACAACUACCACCGAGGCAGAGGACCGUUGGCACACUGUGCUAGAAGAUGACGUGGAGCCACUUCCACCAACAUUCAGACCGAAAAGGCAGCCAGGACCUCAGCUGGACAUGACUGCAGAGUACAGCCCCCGUCAUCUUUUCCAGAUGUUUUUCUCCUUGUCAGUUGUUGAUUGGCUGGUUUCUAACACCAACAAGUAUGGGGCUAAGAAACAAGCGGGCAAGAAAGAGGCCUGGAAGCCCAUUUCCAUCCAAGACCUGUACUGUUACAUCUCACUGGUAAUUUACACGGGGUUGGUGAAGAUGAAAACCCUGAAGGACUACUGGAAAACGUCACCUCUCUACCAACUGCCUUUCCCCACCGCUGUCAUGUCUUCUAACAGGUUUCUGACUAUCUCGCGGGCGCUUCAUAUCAGCGACCCACACGUUGAUGAGGUCAAUGACAAGAAGAGAGGCACAGCAAGCUUUGAUAGGCUGUGCAAAAUCAACCCCUCUCUACUCCAGCAUGGUGGAGGCCUGCAAGACCCAUUUUCAGCCCAGCCAGAACCUGUCCAUAGAUGAGAGGAUGGUGGCCUCGAAGGCUAGAAAUGGCCUCAAACAACAUAUGGCAAACAAGCAAACAAAACUGUUUGUUUUGGCCGAUUCUGUGUGCGCCUACACUUGGAAUGUGUUUGUUUAUGAGGGCGAAAGCAGUUUGGCGACCGGUAAGGGACUCCGUUCUGAUUCCGUUAUGGAGUUGUUGGAUGUUCCACUGCUUGGGACGGGCUUCAAACUGUUUGUGGACAACUUUUACACAAGCCCUGCCCUGUUCACAGACCUGGGGAAGCUGGACGUGUGGGCUUGUGGCACUAUUUUGUCCCAACAGUAGAGGUUUUCCCAAAACCAAGGUGAACGACAUGCCUAAGAGGGCUGAGCGGGGGACCAUGCGAUGGAUUCGGAAACAUGACCUGCUCUUUGUUAAGUGGAUGGAUGCCAGAGAGGUGGUCAUGUGCUCCACUAUCCACAAGUCCUUCAGCGGGGAUCACGUCAACAGGCGUGUGAAGGACGCUAAUGAUGCAUGGACCACUAAAGAUGUCCCCAUUCCUGCUGCUGUGAAGGACUACAACAAGAGCAUGGGAGGAGGUGUGGACCAGUCAGACGCUCUGAUAGGCUACAACAAGAGCAUGGGAGGAGGUGUGGACCAGUCAGACGCUCUGAUAGGCUACAACAAGAGCAUGGGAGGAGGUGUGGACCAGUCAGACGCUCUGCUAGACGACAACAAUGUUCUCCACAAGACAAUGAAAUGGUACAGGACAUUGUUCUAUCAUUUCAUCGACAUUGCUGUGGUGAAUGCAUUCGUCCUUCAUGAGGAAAUGGCUAAGAGCUGUGGACAGACCUCCAUGACACCUCUGGCCUUCAGAGAGCAGCUCAUCCGGGAGCCACUGCAGCACCUUCUGUCCGCUCUACUCCUGUCCCCUCUACUCCUGUCCCCUCUACUCCUGUCCCCUCUACUCCUGUCCCCUCUACUCCUGUCCGCUCUACUCCUGUCCCCUCUACUCCUGUCCCCUCUACUCCUGUCCGCUCUACUCCUGUCCCCUCUACUCCU